GAGCUGAUUUAAGUUACGCUGAGUCAUGGCUAAAGAACCAGCAGCAGAAAUCCAGCUACUCAGGAGCCUGAAAGUCAAACUAAUAGAUAUUCUGCGCAGCGACCCCGACUUUGUGCUGCAGCAUGCACACUCUUGCUGCCUUCUGUCUGAUCAAGGCUACCAGCGGGUGAAAGCCUGCCGUAUUCCGAGCGAGAAGGUGACGGACCUGCUGGAUCACAUCAUCCAGAGAGGGCCUGAUGCAGCACGGGAACUACUGGAGCUACUGAAGGAACCGGCUCUGCAGGAAACCUUCCCACUGCUUUCUUUUGUUAAGACUCUGCCAGUCUCUACACCAGAAAGGAAGAAAAGGCAAGCACCUGAAACACAAGAAACCAUUCCAUUCAAAAAGAUCCACAGCAACAGUUCUCGCUUAGUGACAGAGAGGCAGCUGAUGACCGUGGCCCGUUCCAUCGGCAGAUCUUGGCGAGAGAUCGGCAGAAUGGCUCUGGACAUCACCUCUGUGAAGCUGGAGCAGAUUGAGGAGGACAAGUCCCAGCACGUGGAGCGAGUGUUUGCCAUGCUGUGCUACUGGUGCACCUGCCAGCGGGAAAAAGCCACCGCGGCUCACCUGCACUCCCUGCUCAGUCAGGAGGACUGGGCACUGCCACCGGAGAGAAUCGACUUUCUGUUGGAGACUGUUUGAGGCCUUUAUUGUCUGUGUGGAACCUGCGGAGACUGAAAAACAUUCAAAUCGGAAGUCACUUUUUAUUUCUCAUCAAAUAGAUGGUUGUUCCAAAUUAGUAACAAACAACACUUUUUUUUACUCAAUGUUUUUCCUAAGCUUUCAGUGAAUCAUCUACUUUUUAUGACAGUUCAAUUUGAUAAGAAAUGUUUUCUUUUAAAAGAUGUGUUUUUAUAUUUGUGCCUGCAGCACUUGAAAUUAAGAAAAACAACUGAGCAGAGCUCAAUUCAUUAUAUUGUAUCCAAGCUAUCUCAGCUCAUCAUUUAAUAACAUUGACCUGGACCUGAACGAACAGACCCAGUUGAAACAGUCACACUGACAUGGCUCCUGUUAUCUACAAAGGAGGACAGACAGGAAGUGCCCGUGUUUCACAACACACUGAAUAAUCUAUACAAUAGUUGCUGCCGUUGCUGAAUUUUCCUACCUGAAUAAAAACAACAGAAAUAGGGUUUUAAUCUGGUUGAAAUUCAGUUAAAAACAUUCAAUGAAAUGAACAAUAACUUGUUUCACUCAGUAGAAAUUCACACAGGUAACGGGUCUGAUCGAGGGCAUUAACAGUAUGUUUAGGACUUGUUAGUUAUUUCAGCUUUAUGUCACUACUGCUCGUCACAAACAAAAGUUGUGUGACAUUAAACUAUGAUACUGAUUUCUACCCUGGUGGUAAAGUUUUGUAAAGAUAUUGAAAGCACAACUACAUAAAUGCACAGUUUAAACAACAUUUUACUCAGUUAGAGAUAUUAAUGAAUAUUUACAUAUUUCAUGAGUGUGACAUAUUUAGAAUAAUACAAACGAUACAGAAAUGGUAGUAAUUUUUAUAAUUUUCUGUUCUUAUGCAUUUUUUUAUUUCCUUUUCUUUUAAAUGCCAUUUUAACAUUCUCUUAUGUUACUUAAAAAUCAGUUCUCUUAUAUGAAUCACAACUUGUUUUAAGUUGUAUUCACAUGUUUUUAUUUGAAUGCAUAUUGUGUGUAAAGCACUUUGAGCUGAAUUUCUUGUGUGAAAGGUGCUAUACAAAGACAGUUUAUUAUUAUUAUUAUUAUUCUAUAUAAUGACACCAUUGUGUUGAUUAAAGAAGCACAUGUUGAGUAUUAAAGAGUCUGCAGCAUGUGUAGCUCCUCUGAGAGUAUUUCUAGUUAGGGGCAGAAACUCAUACAGUAAAUCAGGUUAUAUUCAUAUCUUGAGUUCUCUCUGCUGCACUUUCACCUCCUCUCACAUCACAUUAAUGAACUUGACGUGGGACAAAGGUUCCCCCCCCCCCUCCUUCUCCUCACUCUGUACUUCUCCUCUGUGGCCAUUUGCUGUGCUCGGCUCUGAGCGGAUUAACGAAGGGACAGACGCUCAGCAGCUUCUUAAAUCUGUGAACAUGUCCGAAACGUCCCCCCACUCGUGUGAGUACAAGGUGCUUUGUCGCUUGUAACCCGGUUCCA